ACUUAUUGACAUAAAUUCAUGAAAUAGUAGUUCAAUAGAACUUUGAAUGCGAGUCAACAAAUGUGAUUACAUGGCCUUUCAACAAUGACUUGUCUGCAAAGGGUUAAGCAGUGUUAUCCAAAUUAAUACAUUCUUGUUCUAGUGAAUGGUUGUCUUACUACCUUUGAAGGUGAAAAUAUUGUGAACCAUUUUAACUGUGAAAUUUUGUCGCAAGUUCUCGAACCUUUUAGAUUUCAUAAUAUUUUACAAUAGUUAGUUUUUUGCUAUAGUUUUUAAUAGGUAACAGGGUAACAGUGUCAUUUGGAUUAUCUUGGUGUAUGGGUGAACAUAUUAAAAUUGUAAAAUAAUUAAAAUGGCACAGAUUGCGGUAGAAAUACUGCAUGUGAAAAGAUAUUUAAUAAAUAAAGUGGGUAUUACAGUUGUCUCUGCUUUUAAAUACACGCAGGUGAGCACAAAUGGAAGGGAAACCUCUAUGCUAGUAAAAGCUGCUCAGCUUUUCUCAUAUAUCUUUUAGUAUUAUUUAUUGUCAUACUUUUAACACUAGUGUUUUUAGACUAGUUUUAAGAAUGCAGUGAUCUUAUUCUUAUCUAAAUUUACAUGCAAGUAGUUUUAAACAGUUUGUGAAACAGCUACGUAUACGAGGUUGUUGUAUUUGGACAUUUAGAAAUCUUUAUUCCAUUUUGGAAUUAGAGUAUAUGCUGCAUUAGAGAUCUGAGUGGAAUUUCUUUUUUAAUUAUUGCUUCCUAUGUGUGUUGGCAGGAGGUAUCUUACAGCACUAUCUCAUGUGGAUUUCUCAACACUACUCUAUAAUGAUUCAUUCUUCUUUCUCUUCCAAAGAUCUUAGUCAUACUAAUAGGUGAUUGUGUGUCAUUCAGUGGUGAUCAGAGUGGGUUAGCUGCAACGCAAGUCUGAUGGUACCUGGAACCACCACCCAGUGGGAAGCACGUCGAUCAGUCGUGGCAUGUUAUUUGAAAGCUAUUGAAACUUGUCCAGCAUUUGCUGUUGCUUGGAGUAACCUAGGAUGUGUUUUUAAUGCUCAAGGUGAAAUCUGGUUGGCUAUUCAUCAUUUUGAAAAGGCUGUUAAUUUGGAUCCCAACUUCUUAGACGCAUACAUUAAUCUGGGAAAUGUAUUAAAGGAAGCUCGCAUAUUUGACAGGGCAGUAGCGGCAUACUUACGAGCUUUGAAUCUCAGUCCUAACAAUGCUGUUGUCCAUGGAAAUCUAGCUUGUGUCUAUUAUGAACAGGGGCUGAUAGAUUUAGCUGUUGACACGUAUCGUAGAGCAAUAGAAUUACAGCCAAAUUUCCCAGAUGCAUAUUGUAACCUAGCCAAUGCAUUGAAGGAAAAAGGACAAGUGUCUGAAGCUGAGGAGUGCUAUAACACGGCUCUUCACCUCUGCCCAACUCAUGCAGACUCUCUAAAUAACCUGGCCAACAUCAAACGUGAGCAAGGAUAUAUUGAAGAGGCUACUAGACUUUAUUUGAAAGCUCUGGAGGUGUUUCCUGAAUUUGCUGCUGCUCACUCAAAUUUGGCUAGUGUACUUCAACAGCAGGGAAAACUAAAUGAAGCUUUGAUGCAUUAUAAAGAAGCUAUAAGAAUUUCUCCAACAUUUGCUGAUGCAUACUCUAACAUGGGAAACACUUUGAAGGAGAUGGGUGACAUCCAAGGAGCAUUGCAGUGCUAUACUCGAGCUAUUCAAAUAAAUCCUGGCUUUGCUGAUGCUCACAGUAACUUAGCUUCUAUUCACAAAGACUCUGGAAAUAUACCAGAAGCUAUUGCUUCAUACAGAACUGCACUGAAGUUGAAGCCUGAGUUUCCAGAUGCGUAUUGUAACUUAGCUCACUGUUUACAGAUUGUGUGUGAUUGGACUGACUAUGAAGCUAGAAUGAAGAAACUUGUAAGCAUUGUGGCUGAUCAGUUAGAAAAAAAUAGGCUUCCAUCUGUCCAUCCCCAUCAUAGCAUGCUGUACCCACUUUCACAUGAAUUUCGAAAGGCCAUUGCUGCUCGUCAUGCCAACCUUUGCCUGGAAAAGAUUCAAGUGUUGCAUAAGCCCCCUUACCAACAUCCUACAGAUUUGAAAGGAAGUAAUGGGCGACUGCGUAUAGGAUAUAUUAGCUCUGACUUUGGGAACCAUCCAACUUCUCAUCUGAUGCAGAGUGUCCCUGGAAUGCAUAAUAGAGAAAAAGUAGAGAUAUUUUGUUAUGCACUAAGCCCUGAUGAUGGCACAACCUUCCGUAACAAAAUAGCUACAGAAGCUGAACAUUUCAUUGAUCUCUCUCAGAUUCCAUGCAAUGGAAAGGCAGCAGAUCGUAUACAUGCUGAUGGCAUUCAUAUUCUUGUCAAUAUGAAUGGGUAUACUAAAGGAGCCCGUAAUGAGAUAUUUGCUUUAAGACCAGCGCCAAUACAGAUCAUGUGGUUAGGAUAUCCAGGUACCAGUGGUGCCCCUUUUAUGGACUAUAUCAUCACUGACCGGGUGACCUCACCAGUCCACCUAGCCAGUCAGUACUCAGAGAAGUUGGCCUAUAUGCCUGAAACAUUCUUUGUUGGAGACCAUAAGCAAAUGUUUCCACACUUGAUAGAAAGGUGUAUUAUUGGAACAAAAGACUCUCAAGGGAAAAAGCCUGAUUUAGCAGAUAACAUUAGUAUUUUCAAUGCUAUAGACCUGUCUCAAAUUAUUGACAAAGUGGAAGUGAAGAAAAUAAGAGAAGUGGCUGUGACACCAACCACUUCAGGUGAGAAAGAUGCAAAAACUGAAAAAGUAGAAGUUGUGAAAACUGUGAUUGAAUUACCAACCACCACCCCAGUUCAGAACAUGAUCAGCUCAGGCCAAGUCCAAACCUCAGUUAAUGGAAUACUUGUACAGAAUGGUUUAGCAACAACCCAGAUCAAUAAUAAAGCUGCUACUGGAGAAGAAGCUCCAAAAUCUAUCUUGGUGACUAGUCGUCAACAGUAUGGGCUUCCAGAGAAUGCUAUUGUGUACUGUAACUUCAAUCAGUUGUACAAGAUUGACCCAGCUACUCUACAGAUGUGGGCUAAUAUUUUAAAACGAGUGCCUAAUGGAGUUCUUUGGUUACUGAGAUUUCCUGCUGUUGGUGAAGCAAACAUUAUAGCUCAUUCAAACAAUAUGGGAGUGUCUUCUAAUCGCAUUAUAUUCUCCAAUGUUGCUGCUAAAGAAGAACAUGUUAGGAGAGGUCAACUUGCCGAUGUUUGUCUGGAUACUCCUCUGUGUAAUGGCCACACUACUGGCAUGGAUGUUUUGUGGGCUGGUACACCCAUGGUCACAUUACCAGGAGAAACACUAGCAUCUCGAGUAGCUUCUUCCCAGCUAACAUGUCUAGGACUAUCUGAACUUAUUUCUCAUAGCCGCCAAGAGUAUGAAGAUGUUGCAGUGAGACUUGGAAAUGACAGGGAUUUUUUGAAAGCAAUUCGUGCUAAGGUGUGGCGAGCCAGAACAGAAAGUAAUUUGUUCAACGUGAAGGUGUAUACAUCUAAUCUAGAGAAGUUGUAUAGGAAAACAUGGGAAAGAUGUGAAAAGGGUGAAAAACCAGACCACAUCACUAACUGGCCUUGAGCGGAAAGGGGGGGGGGGUGAUGUCAGUAAAAGGCAUGACUUUCAUUCUUGUGAAUUUUGUGUAUGUGUUUUCACACAUAUGGCCUAAUGAUUUAGGACCUUUUGAUCAGUAGAAUAAACAUGAGGUUUUUGAAGCCUACAGUAUAAAACUUUAAAGGAAUUUGACAAAAAGAAUUACUUCUGUUCACUAAGCAUUCUGUUAUAGCAGUCUUUUAGUUGUGUAAUAUUAUGUCACUUAUGAUCAUUCAUUGUGCUUUUGUUGAUUUAAAUAAAGGCCCAGAAAGCAGUGUUAGUGUUCCCAAAUUA